AACGGAUGUUGUUCGUCUGCUUGUCGUCUUGUCGUCUGCAGCUUGCCUGUCAAUUCUUCCGAGCAUAAGUUUUUCGAAAUUUUACAAACUUUUCUUUUGUAUUUGCGUUGUCGAUCUCAGACACCAAUAUGCUCGUACGAAAAUUGGAAGACACGACGACGUCUAUCUAACGUGUUUUCCUCAAAACUGUUUAUCUCGAUUGGUAUGUCUAGCGGUGAUCAAAUAUAGGUUAGAAGGAUGAGGACCUUCAUGAAUAUUUUCAAGAUGCUCGUCGCUUUUUUUUAUGAUUAUGCGCGCGGACUGUCUUACACCGUGACGACGAUACUUGUGCUAUGUUACUGCCUUCAUCCAGCACGAUUCGCAUCCCAUUACACCUUCAUCAAGACUGAGAAUAUCUAUGACGAGAUGGAGAAAUCGUAUCCGCCAAGGGAUAACUCCUGCGUGAUUUCCGUCAACGGUAGACGACCUUCUCAAUUGCUCUACCCGGAGGAGCAUCCCAGGGAAGAUCCGGUGGCGAUGGCUCGACGACUCGGCAUCUUACCGGGUGGCCAGUGGAAACCUCUUAAUUGUCAUCCUCUCUUCAACGUGGCCAUCAUACUACCCUACCGCAACCGGCAGAAUCAGCUUGCCAUUUUCAUGAAUUACAUACAUCCGUUCUUGCAAGCGCAGAAUUUGGAUUAUCGAAUAUUUGUUAUCGAGCAGGGUCCGAUGCGUGAGUUUAAUCGUGCCAAGCUCUUCAACGUCGGCUAUGCAGAGGCCACCAAGAUCAAUGAUUUUCAUUGUUUUAUCUUUCAAGACAUAGACUUGAUACCGCAGAAUCCUAACAAUAUUUACGCGUGCACGAAAAUGCCCAGGCAUAUGAGUUCUAGUGUAAAUACCUUUCGAUACAAUCUACCUUAUACUGGCCUGUUUGGAGGUGCGAUAGCAUUAACGAGGAAGCAAUUUGAAAGAGUGAAUGGUUUUUCCAAUGUUUUCUAUGGCUGGGGUGGAGAAGAUGAUGACUUCUACAGUCGCUUACAGUCCAGAGGUUUUCAGAUUACACGUUUUGGACCUGAUGUGGCGCAGUAUUACAUGUUAAUACAUAAGAAAGAAUCUCCCAGUACUGCAAGAUUCGCAAAUUUGGAAAACGGUGCACGAAGAUAUGAUACUGACGGGCUUAGUAAUCUAGAGUAUAAAGUACUUAAUCAUCAGUUGCGGCCAUUAUAUUCUUGGAUUUUAGCAGACGUGUAAUUUAUAAAUUUUUUAUAUAAUCUUGUCACUAUUAGAAUUUUUUAUUUCUACCAUUGCACAUAUCUUUUAUAAAUUUUGGCUGUUACUAUAAGUUGUAAUAACACAUUGCUAUUUUCUAAUAGCAUGAACAAGUCUUACACAAAACACAUUUAGAUUCAAAGAAUAAAUAUGAUUGUUAGUAUGCUGUGAUAAAGCACUAUGAUUAAAUCGCGCAACGAUAUUGACUAAUGAUUAAAAAUAAUACACUGCAAUGUUUUUGUGUAUUCAAACUUUGAGUGAUUAAGCUUGCAACAAACAUUUUGUAGUGUAUGAACUUAAUAAUCAUAGAUGCUUCUUCAAUAGUGUACUGGUUUUAAUAAUAUAUUUAAUAGAUUAUCAAUUUGUACAAAAAAAGUAUAAACGAUAAUAUUAUA